GCCCCCCGAUCCCAUAGGGACCCCCUCCCCCACGGAGCCCCCCGUGCCCCAUAGGCCCCCCGACCCCAUAGGGCCCCGCUGUCGCGCAGGGCUGGCGUUCCCGGAGUGGGCCUACAAGGCGGAGUCGAGCCCCGGCUCGCGGCAGAUCCAGCUGUGGCACUUCAUCCUGGAGCUGCUGCGCCAGGAGCGCUACCGGCACGUCAUCGCCUGGCAGGGCGACUACGGGGAGUUCGUCAUCAAAGACCCCGACGAGGUGGCGCGGCUGUGGGGCGCCAGGAAGUGCAAACCCCACAUGAACUACGAUAAGCUCAGCCGGGCGCUGCGGUACUACUACAACAAGCGCAUCCUGCACAAGACGAAGGGGAAGCGCUUCACCUACAAGUUCAACUUCAGCAAGGUGCUGCUGCUCAGCUGCCCGCUGCUCGACGUCGCCCCCCCGCUGCUCCUCGCCCCCGCGCCCGACUGCGCCGCGCACGAGGCGCUGCAGACGCUGCUGAUUGGUCCCCGCCCUGCCGAAGCCCCGCCCCGCCCCGCCCUCUUCGAAUCCGGAGUGGAGAAAGCGCGCCUGGAGGCGGUGCUUGGGGCAGCUCUGCCCCCAUUGGCCAAGCCGCCGCCGCUGUUGGGUCCAUUCGGCCGCGCGCUGCCCGACUUCCCCUGGGGGUGGGCGGGGCCUUGCUUGGCCCCGCCCCCGGCGCUGACCACGCCCCACCCGGCGUUGGCCCCGCCCAUCCCGGCUCUGGCCACGCCCCUGGUGGGCGGAGCGACGGAGGGGGCGGGGUCUGGGGAUGCGGUGGGGGGAGGGGGAGGGGGAGGAGGGGAGGGGGGAGGGGCGAGGAGCUGA